GCGGUGGCCGCAUCAGCUCCUGCUGCCCUUAAAGGCUCCAGGUGGUUAUGCCGCGUUCUGUGUCGCCGUGACCGGCACUUGCCGCGGCGGUCAUGGAGUGGACAACCGGAAACUCCAGAAACCGAAAAAUGGACCCAGUGACCUUCGAGGAUGUGGCUGUGAACUUCACCCAGGAGGAGUGGGCUUUACUGAAUCCUUCGCAGAAGAAACUUUACAGAGAUGUGAUGCAGGAAACCUUGAGGAACCUGGCCUCAGUAGGAAAAAAAUGGGACAAUCAUAACAUUGAAGAUUGGUACAAAACCCAAGGGAGAAAACUAAGAAGUCAUAUGGUAGAAAAACUGUGUGAGAGCAAAGAAGGUAAUCAAGAUGGAGAAACUGUCAGCCAGAUUCCAAAUCUUAAUCUGAACCAGAAAACUCUUUCUGGAGUAAAACCAUGUGAAUGUAAUGUGUGUGGGAAAGUCUUCAUGCGUCAUUCAUUCCUUAAUAGGCACAUCAGAUCUCACAGUGGACACAAACCAUAUGAGUAUCAUGAAUAUGAGGAGAAGCCAUAUAAAUGCAAGGAAUGUGGGAAAGCCUUCAGUUACCGCAAAUCUGUUCACAGACAUGAAAGGACUCACACUGGAGAGAAACCCUAUGAAUGUAAGGAAUGUGGGAAAGCCUUCACAUGGCUCACAACCUUUCGAAGACACAUGAUAACACACACUGGAGAAGGACCCUAUAAAUGUAAGGAAUGUGGGAAAGCCUUUAGUUGUUCCACUUCAUUUCGAGCACAUGAAAGAACUCACACUGGAGAGAAACCCUUCGUAUGUAAACAGUGUGGUAAAUCCCUCAGGUCUCCUCUAGGUUUGCGAAUACAUGAAAGAAGUCACACUGGAGAAAAACCCUAUGAAUGUAAGCAGUGUGGUAAAGCCCUCAGUUGUCCCAGUUCCUUUCGAAGACAUGAAAGGAUUCACACUGCAGAGAAACAAUAUGAAUGUAAACAAUGUGAGAAAACCUUCAGUUCUCCUCUAGGUUUGCGAAUACAUGAAAGAAUUCACACUGGAGAGAAACCCUAUGAAUGUAAGGAAUGUGGUAAAGCCUUCAUUUCUCUUUCAAGCGUUCGUACACACAUGAUAACACACACUGGAGAUGGACCUUAUAAAUGUAAGGAAUGUGGGAAAGCCUUCAUUUGUCCCAGUUCAUUUCGAUCACAUGAAAGGACUCACACUGGAGAGAAACCAUAUGAAUGUAAACAGUGUGGUAAAACUUUCAGUUGGCCCAGUUCCUUUCGAAUACACGAAAGAACUCACACUGGAGAGAAACCCUAUGAAUGUACAGAAUGUGGGAAAACCUUCAUUUAUCGCACAACCUUUCAAGGACACGUGAGAAAGCACACUGGAGAGAAACCCUAUAAAUGUAAAGAAUGUGGGAAAGCCUUCAUUUCUCCCUCAAGUGUUCGAACACACAUGAUAAUGCACACUGGAGAUGGACCUUAUAAGUGUAAGGAAUGUGGGAAAGCAUUCAAUUUUCCCAGUUCAUUUCGAAUACAUCAAAGAACUCACACAGGAGAGAAACCCUACGAAUGUAAACAAUGUGGCAGAGCCUUCAGUUGUUACACAUCCUUUCGAACACAUGAAAAAACUCACACUGGAGAGAAACCUUAUGAAUGUAUAGAAUGUGGGAAAGCCUUCAUUUAUCGCACUACCUUUCGAGGGCACGUGAGAAUACACACUGGUGAGAAACCCUACAAAUGUAGAGAAUGUGGGAAAGCCUUCAGUCGACCCAAUUCCUUUCGAAGGCAUGAAAGAUCUCAUACUUAAUAGAAACCUCUUCAAUGUAAGCAAUGUGGGGAAAACAUCAGUCGGCCUUCAUUCUUACAUGUGAAAACUCCCACUGGAAAGAAACCCUAUAUGUGUAAGAAAUCUGAGAAAGCCUGUUACAAAUU